GACAAAACGAAAAAAUUCAGACAAACGGAUGGCGAGGAUGAAACUGAUGGAUUCUAAAACCAACGGAUGUGCGCCAAAUGUAAAGAUCGUAUUCCUCGUUUCAUCCUAUCAUGUGACUCUCUCUAUCCUCCUUUUUCCCAUUAUUUUAAUGCCUCUCGCCGACUUUCCUAUAAAUAUCAGUCAAGUUACAUUUCUUUCCCCCACAGAAGAAAAAAAAAGAGAGAAGAUAAAAUAAAAUCCAAAUCGAAAUGCACUUUUCUUGAAUCCAUUUCCACUCAGCAGUAAAGAGAAAAUCCUUCUAGAAUCUUUAAUUCAUCCUUGAUACCAUGACUGAUCCGAGUUCCGAUCAGUUUGUCGAGAUGAUCCCCGGCUUGCCGGAGGAAAUUGCACUCGAGUGUUUGACCCGAUUGCACUAUUCAGCCCAGGGAAUUGCUUUCCGGGUUUGCAAACGCUGGCUCAGGUUGCUCCGCAGCAGAGAGUUCUAUUACCACCGGAGGAAUUCCGGUCAAACCCGCAAAGUGGCUUGCUUAGUUCAGGCACUCCCUUCCCCGCCGCUGCCGUCGGAAUCCAAAAAAUCUGCCGGCCCCCCAAGCUACGGGAUAACAGUUUAUGACCCGAUAAGCGGGGCGUGGGAUCGGAUUGACCCGAUUCCGAAGUUCCCGGACGGGUUGCCGCUGUUCUGCCAGGUGGUCAGCACGGAAGGGAAGCUGUUCGUGCUGGGUGGGUGGGACCCAUCCAGCUGGGAGCCAGUCCGGGACGUGUUCAAAUUCGAGUUCACCACCGGGAGGUGGACCCAAUGCGCCGACAUGCCGUCGACCCGGUCCUUCUUCGCCGUCGGGGCGGCGGAGGGGAGGAUCUUCAUCGCCGGCGGGCACGACGAGAGCAAGAACGCCCUGAGCUCCGCGUGGGUCUACGACGUGGAAGGAAACGAGUGGACGGAGCUUCCCCGGAUGAAGGAGGAGCGGGACGAAUGCGAAGGGGUGGUGAUCGGAUCUGGAUUCUGGGUCGUAAGCGGGUACGACACGGAGAGUCAAGGCGGGUUCAAGAGCAGUGCGGAGGUCUUCGACCCGGCCACCGGAGAGUGGACCCGAGUGGAGGACGCAUGGAGAGGGACGCAGUGUCCCAGAUCGUGCGUGUCAGCGGCACAAAACGGUCAGUUAACGUCGUGGGCGGAAUGUGACUCGGCGGUCCGGGUCGGGACCUGUGGAAUCGACUUGGGGGAAGUGGCCCUGUUGACGGGGUCACCCUACCAAGGUGCGGCCCAUGGGUUCUUCUUUGUAGAUAAGACUGAGAAGACCAGAGGGCAGAAUGGUAAAUUGAACAAGAUGGAAGUACCCGAGUCCUUCUCUGGGUUUGUACAAUCCGGCUGCUUUGUUGAGAUUUGAUGAGUUAGAGUUACCCUUUUUUUUUUUAAUUUUGGCUUCUUUUCCUUUUUGAUUUCACCACGAGAUAAAUAUGAGAAGCAAUAGAGAGAAAAAAGUUGUAUAAUAGGAUUUGGUUUUUGUACAAUGAGUCAAUGAGGAUGAGCCUUUUUUGUUUCCUUUUACUUUUUUGAGUUUACAAUUGGCAUUGUAAAAAAAGUAAAAAGCUUUCAGUUUUACCAAAAAUGGCCAAAAGCUUGGAUUAUGUCCUUUUUAGAUUUCAUGAUUCUAUUACAAUUUCUAACGUAUCCUCCAUUGUAAACUUGGCUAUCAUACAUAAUUGAGCUGAAUCAUGUUAGUGACAAUUAUCAAUUUAUCGAUACCAGUAAUAAUUAAAUUUGACA